GCACCCGAGUACGGUUAAGCACCGGGUGACGGCGGACAGGUCGGAUGCGGGGGGAUGAACGUGGCCCCCAUGGAGCUACUAAGGAAAUGGCUUGGCCAUCCCGAGGAGAUCUACAACCUGCUGCGGUUCAAAAUGGGCGGCUACCGGGUCGUCAUGCCGCGGAUCGACCAGGACUCGCUGGGAGGAGGCCUCCGAACCUGUUACCGGUACCUCAACCAGACCAGCCGAAGCUUCGCCUCUGUCAUUCAGGCCCUGGACGGAGAGCUGCGCCAUGCUGUCUGCAUCUUCUACCUGGUUCUCCGUGCCCUGGACACUAUAGAGGAUGACAUGACCAUCAGCUUAGAUGUGAAGGUCCCAAUGCUGCAUGAGUUCCACUCCUAUCUCUAUCAACCGGAGUGGAAAUACACAGAGAGCAAGGAGAAGGACCGGCAGGUGCUCGAGGACUUCCCAACGAUCUCCAUGGAGUUCAGGAAUCUGUCAAAGGUCUAUCAGGAUGUGAUCUCAGAUGUUUGCCACAAGAUGGGCGUUGGGAUGGCAGAGUUCUUGGAGAAGAAGGUGGACUCUGAGCUUGAGUGGGACAGGUACUGCCACUACGUUGCUGGGCUGGUGGGCAUCGGCCUUUCCCGGCUCUUCUCUGCGUCAGAGCUGGAAGAUCCAAUCGUGGGGCAGGACACAGAGCUGGCCAACUCCAUGGGCCUCUUCCUGCAGAAAACCAACAUCAUACGUGACUACCUGGAGGACCAGCUGGAGGGAAGGGAGUUCUGGCCCCGAGAGGUCUGGAGCAGAUAUGCCAAGAAGCUCUCAGAUUUUGCCCAAGCAGAGAACAUUGAUGUGGCUGUGCAGUGUCUGAAUGAGCUCAUCACCAACGCCCUCCGCCACGUCCCCGAUGUCCUCACCUACUUGUCCCGCCUGAAGAACCAAAGUGUCUUCAACUUCUGUGCUAUCCCCCAGGUGAUGGCUAUUGCCACGCUGGCUGCCUGCUAUAACAACAAGCAGGUGUUCAGGGGGGUCGUGAAGAUCAGGAAGGGCCAAGCUGUCACUCUAAUGAUGGAUGCCACAAGCAUACAAGCUGUCAAAGCCAUCAUGUACCAGUAUGUGGAAGAGAUCUACCAGAAGAUCCCCAGCACAGACCCCUCAUCCAACAAGACGCAGCAGAUCAUCGCCUCCAUCCGGGCCAUGAGCUUGCCGGGCAGCCCCAUGGCCUCCCGCCACCACUACUCCCCCAUCUAUCUGUCCUGUGCCAUGCUCUUGGCUGCCUUAAGCUGGCAGUACCUCAGCACCAUCUCCAAGGCCACCGAGGAGUACGUGCAGGCUGGCGAGAACUGAGGGGCAGCGGGCGGGCGGGGGGAGAGCUGGGCGGUGGAUGGGCAGCGGAGGCAGGAGGCUCCUCGUCCCCUGCUGGUGGG